CAUUCCCUCAUUUCCUGGCUCGUGAUUUCUCUCACAAGCGCCCCAAAUCCGGAGCUCCGCGCUGGGAACGCUCCGGAUCCGGCCCCGGAUCCUCCCCCAGCCCCACCUGGAGCUGCAGAACCCCGCAGCAGCUCCUGGAGACCGGAUUCGUCACUGAGGGGUCAAUUCCGGCUCCGAGCCCUCGGCUCCCGGCGCUCCGGCUGCGGAUCCCGGGAUGGAGCCGCUGGCUCCCGCCGCCCUCCUGGCCCUGCUGGCGCUGGCACUGGGACAGCCCGAGCCCGCGCUCCACCGGCACUGGGAGCUCUGGAAAAAAACCUACGGGAAGGAAUAUCAGCCCCAGGAGGAUUCUGCCCGUCGCCUGACGUGGGAGAAGAACCUGUGGCUGGUGACGCUCCACAACCUGGAGCACUCGCUGGGGCUCCGCUCCUACACGCUGGCAAUGAACCACCUGGCAGACAUGACCAGCGAGGAGGUGGCGGCUUCGCUGACGGGGCUCCAGCUCCGUCCCCGUCCCCGUGGGAAUUCUGCGCUCCAAGCCCGGUUCCGGCCGGCCCGGGACGUCCCGGAGGCGCUGGACUGGAGGGACAAGGGCUGCGUGACCGAGGUGAAGAACCAGGGCGCCUGCGGAUCCUGCUGGGCCUUCAGCGCCGUGGGAGCGCUGGAAGCGCAGGUGAAGCUGAAAACCGGGAAUUUGGUGUCCCUGAGCGCCCAGAACCUGGUGGAUUGCUCCGGGAUGUACGGGAACAAGGGCUGUGCCGGCGGCUUCAUGACGGAGGCGUUCCAGUACAUCAUCGACAACGGCGGCAUCGAGUCCGAGGAGUCCUAUCCCUACACGGCCCAGGUGGGGCCGGGAAGAGCUUGGGAAUCCUCUUUUCCAGGAGAACACCUGGAGACAGCUCCAUUCCUCUUUUCCUUCCACCUCUCCCAUCCAAUCCCCCCUUUCCCCGCUUUCACCUUUGCUCCGGAUCCAAACCCACCCCAGGAGCUUUGGCAUUAUUUUAUUGUUAUUAUUGUUAUUAUUUUUGGGAGUGACUGGACCAGGAGCUGGAAUUCCUACCUGGUUAUUUCACCAUUUCUUAGGCAACAGGGAAAAAUGGGUCAGGAGCUUGCUGAAAACACGAUCCUGGGAAAUGGGUCAGAGCAACAGCAGCUCCAUCCAGGAAAAAGUGGGAUUUAACCCUCGAAACGUGGAGCUGCAGAGGGAAAAACUGCUGGUCCCAGGCUCCAGAGGGAAUGGGAAGAGUCUGUGGAUAGGGAGGAUGAGGAUGGAGGCUCCAGGGAAGGGGAGGAUGAGGAUGGAGGCUUGUGCUGGAUUUAGCUGG